CCACUGAGGCCUCUGAAACCAGCUUGCCCACCGCCGCCCCGUCGCCCAUCGCAUUCGCCACCUCGACAGAGCUUUGAACAGAGGGUUAUGGAUUUCCAGAGCAACCCGGUGUCGUCGAUUCCUCCACCACCACCGCCUCUUCCUGUGGAGGUCAUAAGCUGCAGUCGCUUAUCCGAUAGUAACUCGAGGAACUCUAUGAACUGGCAGGAAACGACAGUUGAGAACCGUUCGGUACAUCGAUCGGCACCUUAUGUGGAGGAUUCUGGCUUCAGAAAUGCCCCUACCAAUUAUUCUGAAACUCCUGAGCACCACGCUCGUCCCCACCAUCCCCCACCAGAGAUCUACAACGAGAGACCUUCCCCUACGAGAGCUUACUAUGAGAUGGCUUGUCAACGUCGUGAGCCGGAUGAUGAUGAUGAUAGGUUUACCUACGGCAGUGGGUAUGAGCCUGAUGUGAGCAGGCAAAGAAGGAGGGAGUACUACCCCGUGGAGUCAUGCACUCCUGUUGAGCCUUGGGAAUCUGUCGCGGGCCACGAACAUGGUUCUUCGAGGAGCCAUGCGGCUCGGCAGUUGGAAUUUGUCACCCAACAAUGCGUCAAGAUCUAUGGAUCUUUCCCGCCUAAAUUCAUUACUAAAGACUGUGUUUGCGAGACAUGCAUGGUCGGUCCCGGAAGGGAUUUGCCGCUGGACAGCCGUGAAGGACUGGCCUGGACAGCUGAGCACGUAUACGUACAUCUGAAAACCCGAAUUACUGUGCUCAACAUGGGAACAUGUUAUCCUGUUAGAAAAUGAAAUUGAUUGAGGUAGCAAUAAGUCGAUCUAUCAGAAUUGAAAAGAGAAUUAUCG